UACCGCAUGCAUUUUUAAACAAUUUGAUACAUGCGAGCGUCUACUCGCUUUCGAUGAAUAGCGAAUACGAGUUUGUCAUUUUCGUUUUAAACGCAGAAGAUUCGACUGUCAACAAUAGUUAAUUGAAUUUUACUAUAGCUUUUCGAUCUGUUUGGAGGAUACAAUUAUCAAUGCUCUUCGGAUAUUACUGGUGUGAAUUUUUGUUUUCGGAUUCUGUAUAUUGUUAAUUUUGUUUACAAUUUACUAUAGAUUAGGUUAAAGGAAAAGCUGUUAAUGCACUGUGGUAUUGGUCUGGAGAAAUCAAGCUAGAGAAAGACAAAAGUUGAAGUACAAAAAAAAAUCGACGAUAAAUCGAAAAUUUCUGGAUUUUAAGCAAGAAAGAGAGAGAGAGAGGAAAAAAGAAGUAACCAAGGUAAUCCAUCGUUUAUCGGAAUAUCAUGGAAUACAGUUGAAUUUUGGAAUAUUUGUGAAUAGUGCGACUGUAUCUAUUAAUAUUUGUAAAUGUGAAAUACUUCAUUGAAGGAUUUUAUUCAUGUUGCAGUAAUCAUAUUAAACCUGAGGAAAUUUGUUUGGAAUUUAACACAUUAACUUUAUUGGGACUGCGAAGAAAGAAAGAGCGCUGUUCACGAAAAUGCCUUGAUCAUUUGCUACGAGUUUUUGGAUUUAAACAAAUUUAAAAAUAUAAAAAAAUGUGAAAAUUUGAAAGAAGUAAAUAAAAAUGUGAUUACAUCAUUUAAUUAUGUGAUGAAGGAAUGAAUUCGAUUUAUUUCAUGGAAUACACGUGCUCAUUUGUGAAUGGAUAGACGGAAAGUGAUUCUGGAAUAAUGGGGUUGCCAAUGAGAAGAGCUCGGAUAUGUGUGCUAUUUUUAGCCUGUAUAUGGCCGGGGCUUGUAAGCGCAGGGUUGGUCGUACGGACGAACGCUAUAACAGUGAAAGUAGGGCGAACAGUGUAUUUAAAUACUGAUGAUAUUGUCAUAAAGAAUAUGAAACGUCGAGAUGAAGUUUGUAGAAUAGAAGUGAUACAAAAAGAUCCAAUCACUCAACGUGUAGGAAAGCUUGAACCAAAGAUAUUUGACUGUUCCUAUCAACCAAAUACGGUGAAAUAUAUCCACGAUGGUUCUCCAUUCCUUAAUGAAGACAGAAUCAAGCUUCGUGUUCAUAGAUUUACCAGCAGAAAAACUGUUACAGAAACAUUCUACCUCGGGGUGAAGGUCAGCAAUGCUUCAACGGAAAUAGUAGUAACACGUGGGUUACGUCACGUGAUAGUCCCAGAAUUUAACGGAAUCUCUAAUACAAUAGACGCUUCAGUGUUGCGCUUUUACCACAGUAGGUCACCAAAUGUGUCAUGUACUGUCACCUUUGACAACAGCACCCAUUGGCCUUUAGUAGGUCACGUGAUAAUGGGUGAUCAGAGAACACCUGUGGAAUCAAUUAAAACGAGCUGUCAAGAAUUUCUUUAUAUGGAACUGCGUUAUGAGCAUUUACAAAAACCAACACCGGAUGUGGAUUAUUUCCCUUUAAGUAUUGAACUUCAUGACCCUGAAAAUAUUGAUGAAUUCAAAACUGAACGUUUCUUUCUUCCAAUUUACAUCAAAAAUGCUUUAUUAAAUUCGCCUCCUCGAUCUUCAUACAAAAGUAUGUACAUGACGGACAUAGACCAGUUUAUUCUUUCAACAAUCAUUCCUGGAAUUAUUUCCGCUGAAGAUUACGAGACUCCCGAUCACUUACUGAUUUAUAACAUCUCCAAACCAUCCAGUCCGGACCAAGGGUAUUUCGUUCACUUAGAUGACCAGACAACUGAAGUAACUUCCUUUCUCCAAGAUGAUCUAGAAAACCACCGAAUAGCAUAUCAGCCGCCUAAUAUUAGUUUCUCCGAAAGGAAAAUAUAUGAAGUUGAAUUUAAAGUUUACGACAGCCAUUUUGCCGAAAGCAUGCCGAUUGUCCUUCACAUUGCCAUUCGACCUUCAUCUUCUAAUGCACCACGUGUUUCCCUUAACACCGGACUAGUUCUUCUUGAAGGACAAUCACGUGAAAUCAGUACAAAUAAUUUACAAAUAGUUGAUAACAAUAAUCCAAAUGAUAUACGGGUAUAUAUUAUCGGUGGACUUCAGCAUGGUGAACUCGUACUCAACAAUGAGGUCAUUUCUUACUUUACAAUCUCUGAUCUUGUCCAAGGAAAUGUAAAAUAUGUUCAUGAUGACGGAGAAUCAGAGCGAGAUUUCAUCCAGUUAAGGAUAAGCGAUGGUAAAAAGGACACAGUUGUAAAAUUUCCAAUAACGAUAAUUCCAAAAGACGACAAACCUCCUUACGUUGUUAACAAUCUUGGAAUCGAGUUAAAUGAAGGUCAAACUAAACGUAUAGAACCUUCGGAUCUCCUCGCGCAUGAUCCGGACUCUAUUGAUAUGACGAUUACAUACGUCAUAACUCAGCCGACAGCAGCAGGUGAAAUGAUUCGAAAAACUCGUGCGUCCGAUACUGGUACUCGUGUGAACAGAUUCACUCAGAGGGAAUUAGUUAAAGGGCAAAUUUUCUACAGACAUUUCGGACGUGAAGAUUUCCAUGAUGAAUUUUUAUUCACACUUCGUGACCAACAAGAUCCACCGAAUGAAUCUGUGCUCGAAACAUUUUACAUAGCUAUUAAUCCGGUGAAUGAAAACCCACCGCAAUUGUCACCAGAAGCGACCCGCUUAAUUCGAGUGUCGGAGACUGAAAUAGCAAGAAUUACCAAAUCUGAACUUGAGUAUACCGAUACUGAGACAGGGUCAGAUAGGUUAACGUAUAUCAUCACGACACCGCCACAUUUUGUAUACAGUAACAGGAGAAAUAAGAGGGAAGAUGCCGGAAGAGUUAUAGCAAUGCAUAACUCGACAAUGCAAAGUAAGAACAAUAACAUAUCACCCGUUACCACCUUCAAACAGGAAGACAUAAACCACCUUAGGAUAGGAUACAUGCCACCUAUGAAAGAUAUUGGUCCGGAUCCCCGUCUUGUACGCUUUGUCUACACUGUACAAGACUCUAGCGGUAACAAAGUUCUCGGACAACAAUUCGAUAUCGAUAUUCAACCGGUUAAUGACAAAGCACCAGAGUUCCAGUCUUCAAAAAUGCUUGUAGAAGAAGGCGGGAUUCUCGGAAUAUCUACCAAUCAUAUCUUUGCAGUUGACGUUGACACAAACGAGGCUGAUCUGACGUUUAUAUUAGAAGGUCUACCAAACCACGGGCGUCUUCAGAAAGGGGGAAAUAACCUUCUAGAGAAAGAUACAUUUAGUAUGCUAGAUCUACGGAAAAAGGAUUUACGGUACAUCCAUGAUGGUUCCGAGGUUCCACGUGAUAGCUUUACACUGUCCCUCACAGACGGUAUCAAUCGCGUGUCUAAGGUGUUCCAAGUAGAGAUAAUUCUAGUUGAUGACGAGGCUCCCAAGGUGAAGGAGAAUUUGAAGCCUCACCUUAUAGUAUCCGAGGGCAGCGAGGCUGUAAUCAACUCAAAUGUUCUAUCUGCCACCGACGAGGACACAGAUGAAGGAACCCUCGUGUUCCUCAUCGUAAAACAACCAAAGUACGGAAUUCUGCAGCUCAAUGGGGAACCUGUCACUAAGUUUACUCAAGAUGAUGUCAGUAGAGGUAGCGUCCACUAUAUCCAUAGCAGUGGUGAAAUCGGGUCGCAGAUCAUCAAAGAUUCUGUAGCGUUUAUUGUUUCAGACCAACAUUACAAAGCGUCUGCUGAUCUACCAAAGUACCAUCUGAACAUUACAAUAACACCGGUUGAUAAUCAGAAACCUAUUAUAAUAGCUGGCAUGCCUAUCGUUGUAGACGAGGGCAUGAAAUUCAGCCUGUCUCCGGAUUAUAUCACAGCAAAGGAUCCUGACACAGAACCCGAGUCCAUACAAUUUGUAAUAACUAGUCAACCACAAUAUGGUUAUCUGGAAAACAUUAAACCUAAUCCUGGGUCGGAGAAAAGCAACGCAGGACAUCCUGUUAGAACUUUUAAACUACAAGACAUUAUUGAUAAAUCUAUCAACUAUGUUCAAGCAACUCAUAAAGGUGUUGAGCCAACAGUAGAUCGCUUUGAGUUUUAUGCAACCGACGGUAAACUGAAUUCUUUCAGCCACACCGCUAUGAUAGCAAUACGACCUACAAAUGACGAAGAACCAGAUGUAAUGCUAAAUGAUUUUACCGUUGCCGAGGGUGGUAGCCGCGUUAUUGAUCGGUCAAUGGUAGACGCUAUUGAUAUGGACAAGCCCAAGGAAAGGAUAAUGUUAUCGAUUUCCCAACCACCAGAACACGGAGAUAUUGUUGUGAUGUUGCAUACACCGAAUGGAGACAUUGAAGCCGCUGUUAAUGAGUUCUCGGCAAGUGAACUUCACCAGGGAAUGAAACUGAAAUACAUACACGACGGUUCUGAACAUUACACAGAUAAAUUUGCAAUCACCGUGUCUGAUGGUAAGCACGAGAUUAAGAAGGUGUGUAACGUAACUGUUGAGCCAAUAAAUGACGAGAGACCCGAAAUUAUAAAGAAUGCCGGACUUACGAUGGAUUAUGGGGAAAAAGCGGUACUGUCUAGUGUCGUGCUACAGUCUGUAGAUCUGGACAACACAGAUGAUCAAAUAUAUUACAUUAUUGUCACGGUUCCAAAGAAGGGUGUCCUCCAAUUCUGUAAUAAUCCAAAUGAAGGUAUGUAUUCUAACAAAUGUCGGGACAUUUGGGUUGGACAUAACUUUACCCAGGGGGAUAUCAACAACAACCGUGUCCGAUAUCUUCAUACAACCGGUAUGAGCGGAUCGGAGUUUGACAAUUUCAUGUUUAUACUGACAGACGGACAGAAUAAACGUCAUGCCGAGACGUUCCAAAUUAAAGUUCUGAAUUCAAAGAGAGCUAACAUAGCUUUGAUAAAUAAUGGAAUUGAUGUGGUUGAAGGCGAGAGAGCAGUAAUAUCAACUGUAAGUCUUAGUGCAUCUGACGAAAGUACUAGAGCCGAAGAGAUAGUAUUUGCAGUUAUCAGACCACCAAAUUUAGGCCAAUUGGAAUAUAUUGACAGAAACUUGAUCGGGAUCAGUAGUUUUACUCAGAUGGAUUUGGCAUCUGGUAAACUCGUAUACAAUCAUUUGACAAAAACAGACUUUACAGAAGAUUCGUUUACAUUCACCGUAACAAAUGGAAUGAGUGACACAAAAGAUUCGGAAUUUGUUAUCCGCAUUGAACCUUUAGAUAAAGAACUGCCGUCACUAGUAGCGAACGAACUAGUAGAAGUGUUGCAAGGAGCAGAAAUUCCUUUAACGGCAAACAAAUUAAAAGCUGACGAUCCGGAUACUGACAGUAGCAACGUCACUUUCCUUAUUGCAAAGCAACCAACAUUCGGAAGACUUUACAAUCGCGGUGUGUACAUUACAAGUCUUUUUACCCAGAAUGCAAUUGACCGUGGAUUUAUCACGUAUGAAAGCGAUGGCUCACACACGGGUUUAGAUAAUUUCCUUUUCACAUUGAGUGACGGAAAACACGACGGUUUCUUAAUCAAUGGCACUCUUCAACUUCAGCCUGUGUUUUGUAGCAUUUAUACGAAACCACUUGUAAACGACGCUCCAAAGUUAAUAACUAACCAGCAUCCGGAAGUUCUUGAGGUAUUCGAAGACGGAAGAUAUGGUUUUCAACUAAAUAACAACGUGCUUAAGGCAGUGGACUCAGAUACAAUGAACACAAAUUUGGUUUACGUCAUAGAGCAAAGACCAAAGCACGGGCAUCUGGAAAAUACUGAGGCAAAGCGUUACGUCCGAAGAAGGUUCACACAACGGGACCUUGACGAAAACGCAUUACAGUUUAUCAUUGAUAUGAAGAAUAGGGAAACAAAUGACAGCUUUACGUUCAAGAUUGAAGACAGUCGUGGAAACAGCUUAAAGAACCAGAGAAUUGAUUUACACUGGUCAUUCAUCGAGCUUGACAAGGCUGGACUUGUUGUUUGUGAGAAUAUCGGUACGCUUCCAAUAACACUAACUCGAAGCGGUGACCUCAGUGGCGUGGCGUUUGUUGGAAUCGAGGCACAAGACAGAACCACUAGAGUGAAUGACGAUUACAGGCCGAGCUCGUCCAGACAGGUUCAAUUUGACCCAGGUGUAUCGACUGUCACGUGGAAUAUACAGGUUUUUGACGAUGGUAUUGAGGAGAACACAGAAAACCUCGUAGUUUACAUUGAUGACCCAGUGAACGCAAUACUCGGCAGAAAACGUAAAGUCAGAAUCCGUCUUAUCAACGCCAACGACGGAGAAUGUCCACAGUUUAUUGGUAUGAUAAGUAAACACCAGCCAUCUAUACCAGACUCCCUCUACCUACCUGAUAACUCAAUAGAAAGUGAGACAGAGACCGUCAUUAUGGGUAACCAAUUUAACCGGUUAUCUCGGCAAAAGUCGCACCACGAUAACACCCUUCUCUCAGAUCCUGCAGAAACUAGUGAUGUUGCUGUACAUAAACCAAAAAUUACUGAUAGUGAUGAAAAUCCAACCGAAACAAAGAAGAAAGAUAAGAAGAAAAGAAGGAAAAAGAGAAAGGAGAGAAAAGACAAGAAGAAGAAGACAAGGAAAGGAAGAAGAAAGAAUAAGAACAGGGAAGUGCAAGAAGAAGAAAAAGUAACAGACACGGCAAAUGGAAAUGGAAAUUUUGUGUCGGGACAGCUGAUGCAAAAUGUGGAUAUAAACGCACCACAAGAUUGCACUUUGACCACUGAGGGCUUACUGUACUUUGACCCCGGGACACAACAAAUGUAUAAAUGUAAUGGCAUUGCAUGGCAGGCAUGGAGCCCGGCUUCAAAUCAAGAUCAGCAGCCAGAAACCAGAGAAUGUCAACAAGGUUGGUCUAAAUAUGGGAACCGGUGUUUUAAGUUUAUUAAUGAGCGACUCACGUGGGAGGUAGCCGAGACGCUCUGUCAGAUGUCAUACGGCUCCAACCUAGCCACAGUUCAGUCUCAUGAUCACCAGAUCUGGGUGUCACAGUUAGCCGGGAGGAAGGCCUACUGGAUAGGUUUGAGCAGUAACGAAGACACUGGUAGGUGGAGCUACAGUAACGGGGAGGCACUUUCCUAUUCUAAUUGGAAAGCCGGGGGUCAACGGGUCAAACGAAAUCUAUCCAAGAAAAAUUGUGUCAUCGUUGAUAAAAAGAGGAAAUGGCGAAAUAAAAUAUGUAGCAAACGAAAAGCAAGAUUUGUUUGUGAAAUUGACAUUGGGGCGGGCGAUUUGAGUAGAUCCCCACCCAAAAGAGACAUAUCACGAUCACGUGAUAGAAGGCGGAGAAAAAACAAACAAAAAGAUCGACAAAGCGAUGACUCGUACACCAAUAAUCGGGAAAGAGAUUCGCGUCGAUAUACCAGAACUCACAGUAAAGAAGGAGGAUUCUUCUUUGGUGUUUAGUGUAGAUAUUAAUUAAUUAAGUAUUUUUUUAAACUGUUUAGUUGACGGUCUUUGUUGACGGUCUUUGAAGACUUAGUAUUGACUCGUUUUUGAGUAACGACUGCGAAGACAUAACGAUGAAACUGAUAUAUUUACGCGAAAAGAGUGGUGUAGAAUAACUCGGAAGAUAAUGACUUCAUAUGAUUAAUUUAACUGAAAAUGAAAUGGAAAAGUACUCAGCCAAAAUAAACUGUGUUAAAAAGUGUGAGUCGACUUGCUACUUUUUCUUUUCGGCAAUUUGUUCGUGCAUAAGACGAACUCGUGUAUAAGACGCAUUAUAUUUUAUUGAAAAAAACGUGUGCGCAUUAUAAGUGAACUGUGAAAAAGCUUUGUUAGUAUUGCUAUUGUUAUAUUGCGAAUGAAGCUUCUGGUAUAUUUUACUUGAAAUGCUUGGGAUAAGCAUGGUUUGUUGUGGAACCAAGAUUCAGAACUAAGGUACUGAACUCAUUGGGUAACAAAUUAUUUUUGUAGAAAUUUGAUCAAAGAAACUAACCGCAUAUGGGCAUAAUACUUGCUAAGAACAGUUUGGGUAUAUAAAUAUACUUAUGUAUUUCUGUCAUAUAUUUGUGAAUGUUGGUGUAUAUUUUUCUAUAUUUAAACUCGUGAUUUGUAAAAGUUACAGCGCAUGCGCAUGAAGUGUCGGACUGAAGCCUAUUCAGCCAAUACUUUAUUUAUUCAGAAAUUUAUAUCGUUAAACUGUUUUUUUUUUCUUUUCUUAGCAUUACAUAUAUUUUUAAACAUUGUUAUUUGUGGAUUUCAUUGGUUGUCAAUGUAUAUUAUUUGUGUAACUGUUGUGUAUAUAAUGUUCUGGUGCAAUUCUUUAUCUGAUACGUCUCUAUAGUGGUUUGUUUGCAUCAGUUAAUGUUAGCCUGUAUGAACCGACAUGCGCAGUGUACAUUUAGUUACCAGAGCUCGUACUCAAUAAUUUCGUACUCUAUAAAGUGAAGAAAUAUAUACAUUUUGCGUACAUUUUCCACUCAUGAUUUGCAGUGAAACCGUUUUCUUUUAACUUACAUAAUACAGAUGGCAUUCACUUAUCUAGUGGUCAAAAUUAUGUAGCCAAUUUGGAAAAAAAGUUUCGUUUAAAAUGAUUUACUUCAAGAUGUAUGACAAAGAUGGCCACCGCGGUUUCUUUGUAAUGUACCGGAUCAAACACACAUGAUUUGUUUGUUUAAAAUUCAUACAUUUUGUCUUUAUCUUUGACAUGUUCAAAACUUAAAUGCCUAUAAACAUUAUGAUGUCCUUUUUUUAAAAAAAAAUGUUACCAAAUAAUUGUAGAUGCUUUUAUUGUUUUAUAAUCAUUAUAGACAUGUGAUUCUAAAAUCUGUAUGAAUUCACGUGGUAUGAUAUAAACAUACACACUUUCCAAAGCAAACAUUGAAUUUUCAGUGUUUUGAAGUGUGAAAUUAUCUCCUUUUCGCACUAGAUUGAAAUUUAACCUUUCCGCGUAAAGUGUAUUCUUUCGAUUAAUCUUUUUUCUACCUUAAAGACGAGCCACCACGUAUGAGACAAUCAGUAUAAUAAACUUACAUUGUAUAUUACAUGGAAAUAGUCCAAUAUGUGUAAUAAAAGUUGUUAAUGUGAA